UCUGCCAGCGUUUCAGCGAGCUAAGAAAGCGAGCAGGCUGCGCUCACAUCGCGUGGGUGAGGAACACGCACGGAACGUGCCCGAAGAAAAUGCUGCGCAUUUUGGAUGUUAAACUUGGCAUAUAACCUAGCUAUAGUUUACAGGAACGCUUUCACGUUUUUAAGUGACGACGAACCUCUCAAUAUGUUAUAGUCUUUGAGAGGUGAACUAGAAAGUGUACAAACCACCCGACCCGAAGCUACUGCUGUGAAUAUUUUCCACACCAGGAGAGGAUGGGAGUGGAUAUGACAACCAAUUGGAUUAUCCAUAUUUGGAUUAGACAAUUAAUCGUUUGUCUGUGCGCACAGGUAGUUUUCUCGAGACCAAGCUGUAACCCGCAUCAAUAUGUGCGAGAUAGGAGGUGCUGCAAAAAAUGUGAACCAGGGAUGUAUGCGCUUUCCCUCUGCACCAGCUCACUGGACACCAUCUGCCGGCCGUGUGGAACCAAUGAGUAUCAACCGGACUGGAACAACGAGACCAGGUGCCUCACGCAGAAGUUCUGCGACAGAGGGCGGGGUUUUGACCCGGACCGGCGGGAGAACCACACCGCGGCCGUGCCGUGCCGCUGUCUCCCCGGGCUCCAGUGCUCCCUGGUCAACUGCGAGUUCUGCGAGAGGAUGCCCGUCUGCCCGCCCGGAUACGGCCUCGCCGUGGGAGACAUGGGCCGAGGAUCCUGCUCGGAGUGCGGGCCGGGACUCUUCUCCAACCUGUCCUCUGCGAUCGAGCCCUGCAGGCCGUGGACCGAUUGCAAAGCACUGGGGAGAGCAGAGAAACAACCCGGGACUACGGAAACGGACGCAGUUUGUGGGCCCCGUGUUCCCGGAAGUGCCACAUCCUGGGUCAUAGUCGCCGUCCUCUCAGUAAUUAUUGUGAUAUCUCUGGUCGUCCUCUUCCUGUUUUGCUGCAAAGAUAAGCUGAAGUCUCUCACUGAAAAUGUGCGAACAUGUGUGCAGGACCUGAAGAGGAACUCGAUGCUGCAGGAAACGGCACUGACCCCCUACGCGGCCGGUGACGGGAUGCAGGACUGCACCCUGGAGGUCACCUGCCUGAUCCGCCAGGAGGGGGAGCCCCAGGACUCCCUCUGCGCCUCGGCGGUGGACGAGCGCGGGGCCGGGGGCGGGGCGGGGCCGGCGGGGGGCGACGCGUCGGCGUCAGAGUCCGGCCGCAGGCAGAGAGCCCCCCCGCCGGGGCCCUGCAGCUGCACGCUGUCCCUGAAGGAGCCCCUGGAGCUGGGGGAGAACGAGGACUGCAGCCAGGCCGUGGCCCCCUGCUCCUGCGCGGACGCCGGCGCACAGCGCCCCCUGCGGGAGACGGCGGGGACCUGCGGGAACUGCCCCGCCGUGACGGCCUGCCCUCGAUGUGCGCACCGGCACGGGUCAUGUGACCGCUGCCUGGAGCUCUGUGGCCGGGGCGGUGGGGGGACUCAGGGCCAGAGGGGCUGCCCCAGUAUGGACUCCACGGCUAAAGCAGCCCUGCCGUUGGUCAGUGGCUGUGAGCAGGGCCUCUCUCUUCACCUGUCCACAGGUGACAUCACACAGGGCCCUGGGCUGGAGGGUCAGACUGUGGCAGCAGGCCACGUCACCGGAAACAAUAACACCACCUUCAUUUCAAACGGACAAGUGAUGAACUUCAGCGGGGACGUCAUUGUGGUGUACGUCGGGCAGGACUCUCAGGGCGACGGCGAAGACCUGGACGACGCUUUUCCCAACCCUGUUCAGGAAGAGACCAACAAGGAAGGCUUUGAAGGGGUCACUAAGCCUAAGACAAGCCAAAUACCACAGGAGAGUAUGUCAGUGUUCUGAAGAACACUGCCACUGCCACUGCCGCCACUGCCCGGAAUAUAUUUUCAACCAAAAGGCAUGCUAAUGGGUGAUGAUCAGGGGAAGGGAUGCACUCUGGGUCACGUAGGCUUUCAGGAAUCUGUCAUUUUAUUCUAUGGUUUUGUAACUUUGAUUUUUGUCAUAGCAUCCAGAAUGCUAUGAAUGAUGUAUUACAAAUAAAUGCCAUGCAUUUCUUAA